ACUAAAAAGUUGGUGACCUGAAACUUUGUCUCGKGGUAAACGGGACGACAGUUUUCCGUUCUGACAGAGUUCUUGUCUCUGGUGUGAGUCUGAGGCGGGUCAGUCCCACGGUGGCUGACGAAGGCGAUGAUGAGGAAAGUGACGUUCAGGAGUGUGUGCUGCAGAAAUAUUGAUUGUGGAGAUAGGACAUGCAUGAAACCUGGUCUGYCCACCCCCUCAGUGUAAAAUCAAAAUGAUUUGCUGAUGUCACGAGUGGUUUGAGCAGAGAGCCUAUAACUGUUGGAGUCGGCUUGUGUGAAAGACCCACAAGUCCUGGACUGAUCCAGAGACGGAUCCGACAAACAGCAUAAAGAACUCUUCUUCAUCAGCAGCAUUAUGCAUCACCUGAGGCUGCCGGUGUUCCUCCUCACAGCGCUCGUGUCGCUGCGCUGCAUCGCCGCCGCUCCAAACCACAGGUACUUGAGUCCGGGCGCCUCCUCCUCCUCCUCCUCCUUCGAGCAGGAGAGUGCUCCUCCAGACUCUGAGAGCUGGUCUCUGCCCGAGUUGAUCUCCAACCCGUUCCUCGGCCUCGUGGCUGCUCGACCACAAAGAGGUCUUGCCGGAACCAGCAGUCACCACUUGGAGAAGAGGAAGUGCAACACGGCCACCUGCGUCACCCAGCGGCUAGCGGACUUCCUGGUUCGCUCCAGCAACACCAUCGGCACGGUCUACGUCCCGACCAACGUGGGCUCUUCCACCUACGGCAAACGAGACCUACAGAAGCCUCCAACCUAUCUGCCUUUCUAGUAUAAACCCAGAGACUCCAGUUUGUUUAUUCGGUGAUAUAAAACCGAUUGUGAGAAUGACAUUAACGAUUGAUUUGACCAUUUAGGAAGCAGCAGUGCCUUUUAAUUUAAAAACCAGUCCAAUCUGUGACYCUUGUUCCAAACAGCAUGAUGAGACUGUACGAAACAUACUUAAUAAAACAAAAAAAAAUGUAAGUCCAUGUCAAAUAAAUGUUGUUUUUGAUAAUAAAAUGUAAAUAUAAAUCUAUUUUUUAAACUCUACAUGUGAUUGCAGCAGCAUGUCUUGGGUUUAUGAAAUGAAUUCAGCAGGAAAUAUCCAUAAAAUAAAUAAAAAUUUGAACUUUGA